GAGUGGAGGGCCGCGUGAAACCGGCGUGUGACGUCAGGGGCGUGUGCGUAGUGCUCGUGAACCGGUGACGUCGGUAAGGUGAACAUUGGGAAGAUGGCGUCGUCAGUGUUGUGCUGCUUGAGAUGGUGUGGAGAUGGAGGCUCUGGACACAUUCAGUUGAAAGAAAUGCCCGCCGUCCAAUUAGACACGCAGCACAUGGGAACCGAUGUCGUUAUUGUGAAAAACGGGAGAAGAAUAUGUGGCACAGGAGGCUGCUUGGCCAACGCACCUUUGCAUCAGAACAAAAGUUACUUUGAAUUCAAAGUCCAGUCAACGGGAGUCUGGGGAGUUGGGGUUGCUACCCAAAAAGCUAACCUUAAUCAGAUUCCAUUUGGUCGGGAUGCACAAAGUUUAGUGCUUAGGCACGAUGGAGCCAUUUAUCACAAUAACGAAGAACGAAACAGACUUCCAGCUAACAGUAUUCCUCAGGAAGGAGAUGUUGUGGGACUCACUUAUGAUCACGUGGAACUGAACAUUUAUUUGAAUGGAAAAAAUAUGCAUUGUCCGGCAUCUGGAAUUAGGGGCACAGUGUAUCCAGUUGUGUAUGUUGAUGACAGUGCAAUUUUGGAUUGCCAGUUCAGUGAAUUUUACAGCCCUCCGCCUCCUGGAUUUGAAAAGAUUUUGUUUGAACAGCAGAUCUUCUGAUUUUCACUGUGUAUAUACACUAUAUACACUCAUGCCUAGACAUAUGUAACAUGAUUUUUGUUUUGUUUGCAGUUUUGAAUGUUAGUUGUUCAAAUUAGCAACACAGAAUUCCAAUUUAUCAUGCAUUCAUCUUUGUGUUGUUUGUUAAUGGGAACAGCACUUUUUUUUAAAAAGUGAACAAUGAUGUAUAAACAUGAUGUGCAGUAAAUCUUAGCUCUUAUGCAUGUGGUUCUCCAUGGAAGAUAAAGAAAAUUACAGCUAUUUCUCCCAGUGGAAUACAGCACAACGAUCGCUGUACUUUCAAAGAACGAGAGAUUACAGUACCAAUGUAGCUGAAAAUUAUUGUACACAUUUGAUAUGGUUUUAAUCCUAUGGCUCUAUUUCUUGUCUUUAGUGCUUUCCUUUCAUUACAGCAUGUUCUUUCCUUAAACGUAUUCUUCCCUGCAGUUGAUUUAUUUUCCCCGUGUAAUUCUCUUGCUGUUACAGUCAUCAGCUUUACAGAUCAUUGAUCUUUCACUUUGCUGCUUCAUUCUGUUGAAUCGUUGUUGAUAAUGUCACAAGUACAGCAUUGCACAUAAAUCAUUUGCAAAGACACAACCAGAGUUCAGAAUUUGAAGCCUAUGUUAUUUUGACACAAAACUAACCUGAAACCUAUAAUCAGACUGUCAACUGUUCAGAAGAUAAUUAUCAUCUAAACAAGAAUAGUAGAACCCAAAAGCUUGGUCACAUUUGGACUAGUUUCCCUCGUAGAAAGUACACCUGCUUUUUCAAAAGCAAAGUACAGCAGAUUCUGGAAACACUAAGCAGAUCAGAUAAACAGAUUUAGCUUUGAAGAUAGAUAAUCCUUUAUCAUAACCAGAAGUAGUUAUAGAUAAAUAAAUCUUAAGCAAAUACAAAACCAGGGAGGAGUGAGGGAGAAAAGAAACAAAUGGAAGAGGUUUGUCUGUGUUAGAGUAGAGGAAUGAUUAAAUUUAUUUAUUUAAUUGGGUCAUUGGUGCCUUAUUAGCAGGAUUAUACUCUUUAGAUGGAACUACUACAUGUUAUUAGAACAUGAGUAUGACUGACAAUGGAGAUUAUCACUGUCACCUUUGACCACUGAGAUUAAGGGUGCCUGUGCCAGGAUUAAGCAAUAGCAGGAAAAUUAGAAAAGGAAGACAUUCCUCUCAAUUAAUUUUAACUUUGACAAAAAAAAAACCUUUGUUGACUGUGAUGUGGAAAAUGGCUAGGUCAAAUAACUUUAAUCAGCUCCACCCUUACUUUCAAAGAACUUCCAAAUUCAGCUUUGAUGAAUCAUUAAAAUCAUGCAAAAUCUUGAUUCCUGGCACACUGUACAUCCUAGGUCUAGAUGUGAAUUAUGCAAAGUUUCUGUGAAAUCAUGUACUUUUUAAGAAACAAAUCUCAGAAAUGGCAUGAAUUGUAUUUAGUCAAGAAGGCGAUUGAUCUUUGUAAAGUGUAUUCUUUAAUGUCUUUCGUAAAAAUCAAUUGUAUAGAUCUCUGGAGUAUCCACAGAGAUGUCAUUAGUAACACCUUUAUAUCGCUAGUUGUGUAAAACCAUUAAUAUUGUAUAGUGGAAACACUAUGGUUAGUUACAUAAGCAAAAUUAGACCCUGUGCAUAAUAUUUGAGAGUUCAGUUUUCGAAAAAAUUUUAGAAAUUUGAAAGAGGGUUAGUAUAUUAGCAUUAUGACACUUCAGAGUGAUCUAGAAACUGGCUAUAAUCAGAAGGUGGGGUUAGGAACCUAGAGAGUCAAUAUUUCUUUAUUAAAUCAUUGAACAGUAUUCCCAAGGUUCAGACAAGUUAAGGUUGCUUUUACGGGGAUUUUACAGGGAUUUAAACACUUCUUGAAGAACCAUAUCUUUGGUACUUCAUAAACACAAAAUUGAAAGGACUGUAGUUUUUAGUGGAACUGUGUAAUGAACAUUUUGAUGGAUUAUCUUAUUUCAGAGGCCAUCAUUAUCAUCACAGCUAUCACUAUAAAGGAAUAAUGGAUUUUUAUCCAAAUACUGGAAACAUGCCAUUGAAACUGGUUGAUUGCUAGUGAUAGUCAUUUUUCUGUUGUCUGUGUUUUUAAAGAGAAAUUAAAGCAUUGGGAAGGAAAGUGGUCAAGAAAAGUCAAGGAUAAUGCACUCCUUGCAUCAGUAACCACCUCUUAGCCUCCAGAUAGCUUCUUUCAAGCCCAUGAUGCAAACAACACCCUCCCUCACCAGAUCUAAAUUAAGUUUUCACUAGUUUACUUGAAUGAAUUGCUAUCCUAGCACAAUUUAUCUAGUUCAGUUUAUUAUCUAGUAUUCUUCUGAGCUAUCUUCUCUCUCAACUGUAGAGAUUGAGCUUUUAUUCUACAUGUCUAGAAUGAGUAUAUUUUCCUUGCUCUUCCCUACUUAAUCUAAUAUUUUUACAUAUCUUUGAAAAGUAGUUUACAGACCCUUACAAAGUACUCCAAAAAGAUUCUGAUGAUUACAUUGUACAAAACUUAGUGCAGCUCCAGUUGGUUAGUUUGAUUAUGUUCCCAUGACCUAUUUUAUAACUAUAAAUUUUCCACAUGUAUAUACUGCUAGGCUUCAAAAUGUGGGGGACGGUUUUACAUGUAUGACUGCUGCCUGCUGACUUCUGCCUUAAAUAAAAUUCAAGUGGUUUAUGAAGGACAGUAACUUGAACAGGUGUAAGAACACAUAACUGAAGAGAUAGGUUUUAAGCAGAAUCUUGCAGUUGGGGGAGAAAUGCAGAUGACGACCUUGCAGGUAGCUUGAGUUAAAGUUUGGAAAAGAAAUUUCAGGGGUAUUAGCGUGUAGGAAUAGUUUUUUGUUUAACAUUGUAAACAAGUACUGUUGGAACAGAAUUCUGUUUUUUCAAUUGCUAUCGACAGUUGAAGUCAUUGUCACAUUAAACUCAGAGCCAGAAGGGAAUGUGAGUUCACUGUUUGUGUAUUUCGUUUUGUUUGCUUUGUAUUGCUCAAGCAAAGUGGCAAAACUGGUUUGUGCCAAGGAUAUGAAAUAUGUCAAGUCAGUGUGGUCAACACUAGAACAACAAUACUAAAAUGUACAUUUAAUUAAAGCUGCUGUUUGAAAUGUACUGUUAAUUUGUGACCGCUGGCACGUAAUAAACAUUGACAUUUUGCCUGUUAGUUACUAAAAUUGUAAAAAAAUAGAUUUUGGGAUGUAAGUAAGUUGAAUGCUAUUUUGUAAAAAUAAAUUUUGGUUUUCCACUCUGAA